UCAGCCAAAGACAGAGGAUGACACUGGAAUGAACCUAGCAGCAGCACAAAAUACAUUUUGGAUCAAGAUGAAAAUAAUAACAGUAGUGAUUUUGCUCAUAUUACAUUUAGCAAACUGCUUUGCACAGUCAGGAGGAAACUUUCUAAUAUAUAAUGCGGAUUGUAACAAAUGCAUGACCAGCUACCUGGAACGGCUUGCCACCUGUGACCCACACAGUAGCACACAACAGUUUCGCUGGAUUUCAAAGAAUCGCAUUUUGAACACUUUCACAAAGAAAUGCCUUGGAGUAGGAAGUAAAACAGUGGGCAAAAAACUGCAGUGGCUGCUUUGUGAAGAUGACAGUGUUCUGCAGAAGUGGGAAUGCCACAGUGAUACGUUGCUUGGCCUAAAGAAUGAGUCUCUGUACCUGGCUGUAAAUGAUAAUGAUGCGCCAGUGAUCUCUAAAAACACUGGAGCGAAGAGCAAAUGGACAAUUCAUGGAACACAAAACAGCAUUUGCUCUAAGCAUUAUGAAGAAAUUUACAGCAUUGGUGGGAAUGCAUUUGGGCGCCCAUGCCAAUUUCCUUUUCUUUAUGAGAAAAAAUGGUAUGCAGAUUGUACCAAGGUUGAUACACAAAAUCAACGUCUAUGGUGUUCCAUUGAGACAGACUACAGUGUCAAUCAGCUGUGGGGCUACUGCCCAACAAAUGACAAUGCUUUCUGGGCCAAACAUCCACUGACAAACGUCUAUUACCAAGUGAAUAGUGGGUCGGCCCUGACAUGGUACCAGGCUAGAAAGAGCUGCCAGCAGCAAGGUGCGGAGCUGCUGAGUGUCUCUGAACCUCACGAACACACCUUUGUAGCAGGAAUUGUCCAGGCGACUCAAAAUACACUAUGGACAGGACUCAAUAAAUUAGAUGUAACCAGUGGAUGGCAAUGGAGCAAUGGACAGCCGUUACGCUAUCUGAAAUGGCUCAGUGGAUACCCAACCACACAACCAGGCUACAGUUGUGGUGUCCUGAAAAAUGCUUUUGGUUAUGAAUGGUCAAAUGAACCUUGUUCUGAAAAACAUGGAUAUGUCUGCCAAAGAGGCCAUUCUGUUCCAACUCGUCCACCAGUGGUGGACACUGGUUUUUGCCAUAGCCCAUGGAUUCCAUAUUCAGGCAACUGUUAUCUCCUUCAUCGCAGCAAGCGACCAUGGCUGGAGGCGCGAGACUCCUGUCUGCGGGAAGGAGGAGACCUGCUGAGUAUCCUCAGCAAAGAAGAGCAAAGUUUUGUCAUCACACAGCUUGGAUACUCGAAAACAGACGAGCUGUGGAUUGGUUUCAAUGACCGUAAAACGCAGAUGCUGUUUGAGUGGAGUGACCAGUCUAGCGUCCCAUUUGCCUCAUGGGAAGUGAGGGAGCCGAGUCACAGUGCUGUCUAUGCGGAGGACUGCGUGUUAAUGAGAGGAGAGGAGGGAAAGUGGGCCGAUGAUAUUUGUGAAAAUAAGUAUGGAUUCGUCUGUAAGAAGAAGGUCAGCUCUAAAGCAUCGAAUAAUGACACAGCUGUCACAAGCCCGGGAUGCAAAACAGGUUGGACCAGGUAUGGGUACUACUGCUACAUAGCAGGAUCUGAGACUAAGACCUUUGAAGAAGCAAAACAGAUGUGUGCAAAAGCUGAUUCUCAACUGGUUGAUAUUUCAUCCAGAGUAGAAAAUGCAUUCCUUGUUAGUCUAGUUGGAGCUCGACCAGAGAAGUACUUCUGGAUUGGAUUGUCAAAUCAGAGGGAUCUGCACACUUUUGAAUGGACCAACACUAAGGAAGUCUCUUAUACUCAUUUCAAUGCUGGGAUGCCAGGAAGAAAACAAGGCUGUGUUGCCAUGACGACUGGACUUGUUGCUGGGCUUUGGGAUGUGCUCAGCUGCUCAAAUAAGGAAAAAUACAUCUGCAAGCAGAGAGCCGAUGGACUAGUUACAACUUCAGCCCCACCAACCACACCUGCUUUGACGUGUCCCGAAGAUUGGGCGCCACUUUUGUCUAGAGACCUUUGUGUCAAGCAUUUUAAUGUACCUAUGAGACAAAUGAAGACUUGGGAUGAAGCUCUUGACUUCUGCCAAGAGCUUGGCGGUGAUCUCCUGAGUAUCCAUCACGAGGCUGAUAUUCCGUGGAAACAAGGAGGAGUGUAUCCAGCAUGGAUUGGUUACAGAAUGUACGAUCCCGCUGUGGGUUUUGUUUGGAGUGAUGGUUCUUCGUCAUCCUAUCAAAGCUGGGCUAGUGAGGAACCAAACAAUAUGAACAACAUGGAAAAUUGUGUUGAAAUGAAAAUUUCAAUUUGGGACAGUGAUGGAGCAUGGAAUGACAUAAACUGUCAAGACAGAAAGGACUGGUACUGUCAGAUCCGAAAAGGAAAGAUACCAAAGGAAGUAAAUAUUACACAGCCAGCUUUUAAUGAAACAGAGGAUGGCUGGAUUCAAUUCAAAGGUAGCCAGUACUAUGUGUCUCAGUACUCAGCAAUUUCUAUGCACGACGCAAGGACAUUCUGUAAGAAAUCACAUGGUGAUCUUGUGGUUAUCAAUGAUGAGGACGAGCGGGUGUUCCUUUGGCAUCAGACUAAACAUUCGCACAAUGAUUAUAUCAUUGGUUUGACAGUUGAUCUGGAUAAGACUUACCAGUGGAUGGAUGGGUCCCCGCUAGUGUUUCAAGCUUGGGAAACAAAUCAGCCUGCUUUUAAAAACAGUGAGGAAAGAUGUGUGAAGAUGACCACAUCUCAAGGACUCUGGGAAACUAUUAACUGUGGUGACGAUUAUAAUUUUGUUUGUAAGCGAAGUCAGUCACCUCCAGUGAAUGCCACGGUGGCCCCUACACAAGAGCCAAAAGGAGGCUGUGCUUCUGAGUGGAAAAGCUUCAAAGGAAAAUGCUACAAGAUGAAAGAAGAAAUGAAAACGUGGACUGAAGCGAGAGAAUACUGCAGAGAGCUUGGUGGAGAUCUGGCGUCUAUUAUGAGCAGACAACAACAAGCCUUUUUAAGCACACUGAUUAGAGAUAAAACCACAGACUUCUGGAUUGGAUUCAGCAAUUUGGCAAGCGGGAGGUUCAAGUGGACAGAUGGGAGUAAAGUUACAUUCACCGAGUGGGCCAAAGGAGAACCUCAAACCUAUUGGCAUUCAUACUAUUGGACAAAAUAUCACUAUUCGGAUGAACAGGAAUGUGUUUUUAUGGGCAAAACGUCAAGCUCUCUCUUUGGCAAGUGGGUGGCAACUGACUGUAAUUCGACUCACGGUUUUAUCUGCAGUCGCAAUGUUGAUCCUGGUAUUGCCCCAGUGCCUACUGAAGUUCCUAAAACCUUUGUCAAUCUCGGAAAUUCAUCUUUCAAAGUGAUUCAAGAGAAUCUAACGUGGAGUGAGGCAAACCGUCGCUGUGAGGCAGAGGGGGCUCAUUUGGCCAGCAUUCGGGAUUUGAUAACACAGGCUUACCUUGAGUUGCAGGUCUAUAGGUCCAAACAGCCCAUGUGGAUCGGUCUCAGCAGUGCAGAGACACAUGGAUAUUUUCUAUGGGCAAAUAAAUGGCCCAUGAAUAUAGAGAAAUGGGCACCUUCUGAACCACGGCCCAACCGCCCUUGUGCAUACAUGAGCAUGGAUGGAGAAUGGAAAACAACGCUCUGCAAUCAAACCUACUAUGCUGUCUGUGAGAAAACAACAGACAUUCCCCCGACCGUUCCAGCACAGCACCCUGGGAACUGCCCACAUGAAAAUGAUGACAGUCCAGUGAGGUGGAUACCUUUCAAAGACAGCUGCUAUGCUUUUAUGACGGACAUGAAAUCAUGGAGCAGAGCAUCUAGACUCUGUAUGACAUGGGGAGCAUCUCUUGUCAGCAUUAGGGAUGAAGGGGAACAGAAGUUUAUAGAGAACAACAUCAUGCUCCUUGAAAGUUACAAAGACUUUUGGAUUGGGCUCUUCCAAACCCAGAAAGGUCACUGGUUAUGGUCAGACAAUACCGUGGUAGAUUACACUAACUGGGCAGCUGUGAUCGACUAUGAAGAUGACUAUCACGACCAUUCUUGGAAUACUGACUGCGCAUUAAUCUCUACCAAAACUAAAAAAUGGAAAAAACAGCAUUGUGAUUACUCAAUGUUAUCAUUUAUCUGCAAAACUGCCAAAGUAAUAAGUCCUACCAUUAAGGCCCCGCAAGAAGGUCCUGAACCUCUCAAGGUCAAUACGGGUUUGGCUGUGUUCUUGAGCAUUGUAGUGAUUGGAUUAUUGGGAGCUCUAGCUUUCUUGUACUACAGAAAUUCAAAAAGACAGUCAUUGCCUACAUUUGAAAAUCCCAUGUAUAAUAACAGAGAUGCUGCUUAUUCAGAUAGUAAAGAUAACAAAUCAUUGAUUGGCAACAUUGAGAUCACUGAAUAGAACUGUUUUAUAAUGUCCAAUUACUUGUGUAGGCUAUAUGUAAGGGAUGGUCAGUCGAUUAUUAUCUUAAAAUAAAAUAAAAAAAUAAAAUAAAAGCAAUGACGGGGGUCCUCAGGGGCCUCAUUUAUAAAAUGUUGCGCAGAAACCAUCCUAAAAUUGAUCUUACAAUCAUUUCUCAUAUAUCCGUACGUACAGAAAACGCCUCUCUUUCAGAUGUGAAAUCUAUGAAUCGCAAAUGAUCUUGAAUUUGCGUGCAGCUGAACAGUUUCAGAUCUCCGCUUUGUAGACAAUGUUUAAUUAAUGUCACUGACUUAUAAAAGAGCACCUGACAAUGUCCAAAUCUUUUACAAGCGGCAAGAAUGGCUUAUAUUUCCAAAAACUUGCAGCACUCGGGAAAACAAAAGUGCGAACGUCUGCUCAGACCCUGACGUGGCACUAAGCUCUUUUCCACGUCAAAGACUGUUUUUAUAAAUAUGAACGUGGCCGUGGAUUUUUGCAUACGCACACUCUACGAUCAAAUCUGUGCGUAUGCACGUUAUUAUAAAUGUGGCCUCAGGUUUAUUUUGCGAUAAUGGCUGUACGUUAUCCUGCUUACUACAUGGCUACUCACCAAAUAUUGAUUUGGGUAGAAAAUAUUUUAUGUUAGAAGAAACAUAGCUAUGUAGAAGCCAGUUGUUAACUAUAAGUUCAGCACUCAUGCCAAAAAUAUCUAACUGCAGAAUGGUGAAAAUGAGCAGUAAGAAUGAAAUAUUCCAAAGAAUCACCAAGAAUCACUUGUUUAAUAUGGCAUUGCCAUUGUUCUGUAUAGUUUUUUUUUUUUUUUUUGAGGGGUUUUCAGACUGUCUUUUAGUUUUUAAGAAGUUUGUGAAUAAGUUGAAUAAGAACUGUCUCUAAAUAAAUAUUUACACUUUGAUAUAUCUGUUUUUGAGCAAACCACCAAUUACACACCAACUGUGCAGUGUGAAUUAGUUUAAGCAUGGAAACAGGAAAACAGGAUAAGUUGACAUGUAAAGAUCAGCUGACAUGGCGGCAUUUUGAGUGUCAGGACAGUGUUGGACCACAAUUUAACUUUUCCAUUUUUAGUUUCAGAAAAUGUUAUGCCCUCUUUGAAUUCAGUGGCAAUUUCAACCAUAAGGAAAUUGUUGUUUUUCCUGAAACACAUUCAAAUAUAGAAGUGUGUUAAAUAAACUUUCUUUUUUGUUUUCAGAACUGUACUGAUUUUAUAUUUAUACUGAAUCUGUGCCCAAAAAGUCCUUCAUAAUAUUGGCAAUGUUACAAUAUGGUCCUAUUAGUUAAUGCAUAAACAGAUAAAAUAAAAGAGAUAAAACUUUCACAUUAUUAAAAUCAAAAGCUGAAAUUAAUAUGAACAAAAAAAAUGCUUUAGAAAUAUUUUUCAUUGUUAAUGUUAACUAAUGUAGUUAACUAAUGUUAACAAAUUGAACCUUACUGUGAAGUGUUACUAUAAUACAUAGUGAGGUAAAUGCACAAUGAGUGCCACAUCUGGGAAAACAAUGCACGAAAACAUCAAAUAGUAAAUCAUACGUGUGCAUUAUUUGUUUAGGAGAACAUUUCAAAGACAAUAUACAGUCAGACCAACUGAAUACAGAAGUACAUCUAUAUUACAGUGCAGCAGUAUCUGUACUCAGUUUUAUCAAUCCAGUAUCUACAAAGGCAUUUAUGAGGUAUAUACAAAUGCAUAGAAACAAUUUUCAAGCUAGAGUGUUGUCACAAACUAAUGCAUAGAGUACUCAGGAAACAUAAAGGUAUCAAGUGUAAAUAAAUGUCAUGGUUCCAGAUGCACUGAGAAUAUGAACAGAUCAGAGAUCAUUGCCAUCUUCCUCUUUUCAUUUCUAAAAAAAAACUGGAAACAAAUCUUUUACCAUGCUUUUGUAAUAAAAUAGGUAUUUUCUGAA